UAGAAAAGCAAAGUUAGAACAAGUUUCAAGAAAAUUGUGAAAUUUCUAUGAUUAUCGUGAAAUCUGAUUGCGCGAUAGCUCAAAAUGAAGUUCUUGGGGUCAUUGUUAGGGAUCAGUUCGCCAAAGAAGAUGGGGAAAGAAUACAUGAAAGUAGGAAGAAACGCUCUAUUCGGACAAAGAACGAGUCAACACGAUGGCCUGUGCACGGACAAGGUUCCACGACCUUUGUCCUUCCUCAUUUCAAAGAACGGGAAACUCAAGCACGGUAGAUUGUCAGCGAUUUUCAUAGGAAUUUUAACGCUUGUGAUCGGUAUCAUACUGAGCAGCAUUCCUUGGGUGGAUUAUAUCAUAUUAAAACAACUGCGACUAUGGAAUGGUUCUCUUUCGUUUCAAUACUGGCAGAAGCCGGGAGUAGUUAGACUGACAAAAGUAUACAUAUUCAACGUAACUAACGCAGAAAACUUUCUGCAAUAUAACGAGAAGCCAAAAUUGCAAGAAAUUGGUCCAUUCGUAUAUAAAGAAGAUAUGGAAAAGGUAAAUAUCGUUUUCCAUAAUAAUGGUACUGUAAGUUAUCAACACAAGAAGAUAUUAAACUUUGUACCAGAAAUGUCGAAAGACAAGAACCUUAAAGUAAUAGUACCAAACAUUCCGUUAUUAACGUUGUCGACACAAAGCAAGGCACUACCUCGAAUUAUUAAUUUGGGAUUACACAUGUUCUUGGGAGGAAUGCACAUGACACCGUUUGUUCCGGUAACUGCUCAACAACUUGUCUUUGGAUACGACGAUCCGCUAGUUAGCAUCGCGCAUCAAUUUUUUCCGAAAGCGAGACGUCCCAUGAGUCAAAUGGGGCUUCUUCUUGGGAGGAACGGCACGUUAGAAGAAGUGUCCACUAUUUUUACGGGGCAUACAGACAUGAAAGAGUUUGGAUUAAUAAAUCGUUUAAAUGGAUUAGAUCGUUUGCCAUAUUGGCCAAACUCACCUUGCAAUUCCAUUCGAGCUUCGGAAGGAUCGUUUUUUCCACCCCGUGAUAAAACUGGUUCAGAUAUCGUACACAUUUGGGACAAAGAUCUUUGUCGCGUUUUACCUUUGAAAUAUCGUGGUCCAGUUAAAAAAUCUGGAAUCAAAGCAGAUUUAUAUACACCGCCUGAUUCUGUGUUUGGACGUCCCAAUGAAACUAGCCCGGAAAACGAAUGCUUCUGUUCGGACGACAUGUCCACCUGUCCUUUUAACGGAUUGCAAAAUAUCAGUCCUUGUCAGUACACUGCACCUGUCUACCUUUCCUUUCCGCAUUUCUACAAAGCUGAUCCCAAGUUAUUAGACGCAGUACACGGAUUAAAACCAAAUCGGGACAUACAUGAAACUUACUUUAAAAUUCAACCGAAACUUGGCGUGCCGUUGGAAGGAAAAGUGCGCGUUCAGUUAAACCUAAAGGUGGAACACCAACCAUACAUCGGUGUGGUGUCGAAUUUUCCCGACAUAGUAUUUCCUAUUAUGUGGAUCGAAGAGGGUAUCGAAGAACUGACACCUUCUAUCCGCAGAUGGAUUUAUUUAGCAACAACAUUUAGCGACGUUGCUGCCCCUUGUACCUCGUAUGGAUUAAUUCUAGUCGGUAUAACAAUCGUAUUCGCGGUUUUCGUGAAAGCUUACAACAACGUGAUGUUUACGCACGAAGCGAUCGAACUAGGCAAACGAACCAUAAGAAGAGGUUCCACGUUGUUAGUAAAUGGACAGCACAAGUUAUUAAUUACACGAGACCAAUACGUUUUGCUCAGUAACGAUAACGACGAGAAGUCGGCAAGAAUAGAAUAAAUAUCUAGCUAUAAUAGUAAUACGAUCGUAUUUUUAACGAUUAACGAAUAGUAUUGGAUUCAUAUUUAGGUGAGUAAUCGCCAACAGCGGCAGCGAGUAAUCGCGUAAAUCGCCUCGUAGCAUAGGAUUUCUAAUCGUUUGAUACUAUAGACCAAAGUUUUCGUUCUAAUUACCUGAAGAAUAGUUUGAUGUAUAUCGAUUGCAAUAGCAUGGGUUUGGCAAACAUUCGACGAUCACCUACAUAUUCCUCUUUAAUCUUUCUCUUUUCUUCGACCGUAUCUGUGAUUUCAUCUUUUUAUUUAUAUCGUCGAUGUACGAAACAAAUCGUGCUUGGACGAACAGAAACGGGUAACAAAGCGGUCAGAGAAUAACGUUCGACAAGUUUAGUGGCUACAAAAAGUAUUUGCUUCUUUUUCCAAUAAAGUAUUUUUCUUUUUAUCGGAUUUUACGUCUCAUUUUCAUAAUACGUAUCGAACUUUUAUCCUCGUACGAAAGUACUACUAAAUAAUACGAAAUAUAUUUUGUUUGUAAGAGUAGGCCUCGGUGUGAUGCAGAUGG